GGGCGCCGCUCUUAUUGGUGCGCCGCCACGGUUACAUCACGCCGGCGUCUUCCUGCUUCCUUCAGCCGCGUCUUCAAGUGGGGUCUCUUGUCGCGGCCGGAGAGGAGCGCGCCACUGUAUCCAUCGCUCUUCUCCCUCUCUCUCUCUCCCUCCCUCUCUCCCUCCCUCUCUCGCUCUUUCUCUCCCUCGCUCACGUCCUCCGGAGCUCUCUCGCUCUUUGUGCGUCCCGCUUGGCGGUGGAUGAAGACAGCCGGUGCGUAAAAAAGAAAAGAAAAAAAAAUCGCAUCUUCCAGGGGUUUUUUUGUUUUUUUUUUAUAAAUCCAGAUUUAUCCAAUACGGCGAUCUAUUCUUCUUCUUUCUUUUUUUUUUUUUUUUUUUAAAUAAUUUAAAAGUGGAUCACCUCGUCGUCCUUCUUCUUCUUCUCGCCAUCAGCAUCAACUGCGGGGCUUUGAUCCCAGAGACGGACUGCUUUUGCGGGAGAUGGCCCAAUAGCAGCAGCCCGUGAUGCCGGACCAUGACAGCGACUCCCUCCUGAACAGACAGACCAAGCGAAGACGUGUGGACAUCGGCGUGAAGAGGACCGUGGGCAGCGCCGUCUCGGCCGCAGCGACAGCCGCCACCGAUAACAUCGCCCGCGCCAAAGCAGCCAUUUUCAGCAUGAACUCUCUGAGCGCCCACUCUCACCACGGGUCGGACGCCGACUCCAUGGAGUGCUCCGUGGUGCAGCCGCACGGGGGGCCCGGCGUGGGCUCGGCCGGCGACGGCGAGUCCAAGUCCAACGUGCUGCGGAAGCUGCUGAAGCGGGCCAACUCGUACGAGGACGCCAUGAUGCCCUUCCCUGGCACGACCAUCAUCUCCCAGCUGCUGAAGAACAACCUCGCUAAAAACGGCGGCGGGCCGGAAAGAGGGGAUCGAGAUCGAGGUGAGAGGGUUGAGACCUGCUUCCCCGGAUCGGGGCUCUCCACCACGAGCUCCGAUGCGCACCAAGAAGACGCCUGCAGCAAUUCAUCCCAAGAAAGCACCCCUCAGGAAUGUUUGUCCCCUUUCGGGCCCCCCGGCCUGGGGGCCUUUGACCUGGAGCGCCUGAACGACGAGCACCUGCGCGCCAAGCGAGCCCGCGUGGAGAACAUCAUCCGCGGCAUGAGCCACUCCCCGAGCGUGGUGCCGCCGGCGCCCUCUCGCCACGAGCGCGACCACGACAUGGACCGGGAGAUGGAUCUGGAGUGCCCGCUUCCGCAGGCCCCCGGCAGCCCCCCUCGGGCGGGCGAGGUGUGCGGCAGCAGCAGCAGCAGCAGUCGGGAGAACAAGCGCAAGCAGCGUCUGCCCCAGCAGCAGCAGCAGAGCUUCACCCAGCUGGUGUGUCAAAGGAAGGAGCAAAAGCAGGAGGAGCGGCGACAACUGAAGCUGCAGCUGGAGGACAUGCAGAAACAGCUGCGCCAGCUCCAGGAGAAGUUCUUUCAGAUCUACGAUUCCACGGACGACUCCGAACACAACGACCUGCACAACGACAUGGGGAACCUGUCCGAGGACAGCCCGGUGAGGUCCGACAACGGCGGGGACGAGCGGGGCGGGGACGACCCGCGGUCUGACAACGAGAUGUCUGACCUGGACCCGGGCCACUUCCUGGAUCGGGCUCGGGCGCUGCUUCAAGAGCAGGCCCUGCUGGGGGAAAGAGAGAAGCCGAGGCGAGACGGAAUCGGCCGGAGCAAAGGGCAGGCCGGCCCGGGCGCCCCCGUGCACGGGGAAGGCAAGCAGCUGGCGGAAACGCUGAAGCAGGAGCUUAACUCUGCGAUGACACAGGUGGUGGACACUGUGGUGAAGGUGUUUGCCAAGCCCCCACGCCCCACGCCCCAGCAGGCUUUCCCCCCGCUUUCUUUACCACCUGAACGCUUCUCCACUGUGGUCAACGGGGACAACCCCAACUUCCACACCACCAACCAGAGGCUGCAGUGCUUCGGCGACGUCAUCAUUCCUAACCCGCUAGACUCCUUCACCGGCAUCCCCGGCCUUCCAGGUGCCGCCAACGACCAAACCGAGGCGCUGCCCUUAGUGGUGAGGAAGACGCCCAGCGAGCACCAUCACCAGUCCUCCGCCGUGGGCGCCCACGGAGGUCACCACCACCCGUCUCUCCACCCCUCUUCACUCUCCGCCUCGAUGGGCUUCAGCCCCCCAUCCUUCCGACACCCGUUCCCCCUGCCUCUCAUGGGCUACCCUUUCCAGAGUCCCCUGGGCCCGCCCGCCGGCGGCUACCUGGGCAAGGAGCGUUCCUCGCCGGACUCCAUGGACCUUUCCCGGGAGACCACCAGCCUGAGGACCAAGAUGGCAUCCGGGCACCACCUGGGCCACCACCAUCGCUCCUGCUCGCCGGCGCACCCGGGCAGCACCGCCGAGGCCCUUUCCCUCUCGCUCAUCAAGUCCGAGUGCGGCGACCUCCAAGACAUGGCCGACAUCUCGCCAUACUCGGGCAGCAACAUACAGGAGGGUCUCUCCCCGAAUCACCUGAAGAAGGCCAAGCUGAUGUUCUUCUACACCCGCUACCCGAGCUCCAACAUGCUGAAGAUGUUCUUCUCUGAUGUCAAGUUCAACCGCUGCAUCACCUCCCAACUCAUCAAGUGGUUCAGCAACUUCCGGGAGUUUUACUACAUCCAGAUGGAGAAGUUCGCCCGGCAGUCCAUCAACGACGGCGUGGCGGGCGUGGAGGAGCUGAGCGUGAGCCGCGACUGCGAGCUCUUCCGAGCCCUCAACAUGCACUACAACAAGGCCAACGACUUUGAGGUCCCCGAUCGCUUUUUGGAGGUGGCCGAGAUCACGCUGAGAGAGUUUUUCAACGCCAUCGUGGCGGGCAAAGACGUGGACCCUUCCUGGAAGAAGGCCAUCUACAAGGUGAUCUGCAAGCUGGACAGCGAAGUCCCCGAGGUCUUCAAGUCGCCUAACUGUCUCCAAGAGCUUCUACACGAGUAAAGUCGAGUUCUCCUCGCGCCACAACGCUUUGCGCUUCUUUUUUUUUUUUUUUGAUCUUCUUCAUGGAACCUUACUCUUUUAAUCGAUUUUUUUCCCACCCACUUUCUUUUGUUUUUGUAUUUACUUUUUGAAUGUAUGAAAGUUAUGAAGUAGCAUUCCCGAUUUGAAGCCUUGGCGUCCGUUCCUCGAUGACGUAGUUCUUGUGUUGCUUUUCUUCUAAAAGAAUUUGUAAUAUUAUUAUUAUUAUUAUUAUUAUUAUUAAUUAAUGGAUUUCUUUUUGCUCCUGACGACCUGAGAAGAUUCGAAUCGUUGGGUUUUUUUUUUUUUUUGGGUGUGGCCGCGUGACUCGUCAUCCACGUGGCCUGGUGUAGUAUCAGCACUAACUGAUGGAAACAGGCUGGGUUCCGUAGAGUUCCAUGCGGUCCACCCAAUGAACUGAGUUGUCCCCAACUGGACGCUCCCUCGCACACAAAAGCAGGACUAGUGAGGAAGUGGACUGGAUCUAAACUGGGUCUUGGACCGGUUUCAAAUAGAUUCCGACCUCUACCCUUUUUUUGAAGUGUUUUUCCCGCAGGGGGGGGGCAUUGUGUUUAUCGGGUGUACAUUUUUUCUUUUGCCAUGAAUAUUUCCGUUGUGUAUGAUGAUUUUACUAUUUGUCGCCACUGCUUUGCUGAAGGUUGGCAUUGAAGAUGUUUGUCCCCUCUAAUGCCUUUGCAGACAAAAAUAAAUUAUUCCUAUGAAGAGUAUUCAAAACAAGUUUAGAUUCAGGAUUUGUACUGCUUCUCGUGUCCUUUGCUCGCUGAUUCAUGACUUUUUUCCUGGCCGCAUUUAUUUGUGCCGUUUCCUGCAUGGGGCGGCUGAGACAAUGAUAGUGGAAGUGGGAGUUUCAAAGAUGCUUUGGUUUGCCACGCGUCGUGUUUACGGCCUUGUCUGUGGAUUUUAGUAGAACUGCUGCCACGACGGACGUAAGCCUUAGGUCAAAUUGUCGUUGGUCUAUUUUCCACCUCAGCCGGUCAAUAUGUGAUGACGUUAUUACUUGAAUACAUCGGAGUACUGAAGAAGACUUUUAAGCCCCGUUUACACUAAUCCGGAUAAGGUAAAUCACACCUAACCUAAUUCCUGUCUACACACACCAAUGCCAUCGUUUAAGACGGCCCCCCCCCUUGCAUCCGCCAACGCAACGCGACCUACAACGGAAAAUGCGCAAGUUAAUAGUCACCUCCAUUGUUGCUUUGUGUGCAAGUUCUUAAAUUUAAUGUACCGUAUUUUUCAGAUGAUAAAUCGCAUUUUUUUUUUCCAUAGUUUUCAUGGUUUGCGAUGUAUACUCUGGAGCGAGUUUUGUGUGCAAUUAUUAUUAACACAUUACCGUAAAAUAUCAAAUAAUAUUAUUUAUCCCAUUCACGUAAGAGACUAGGUGUAUGCACCGUAUUUUUCGGACUAUAAGUCGCAGUUUUUCUUUUCAUAGUUUGGCCAGGGGAGCGACUUAUGUGUGAAACUAUUAACACAUUACCGUAAAAUAUCAAAUAAUAUUAUUUAUCUCAUUCACGUAAGUGACUAGACGUAUAAGAUUUCAUGGGAUUUAGUGAUUAGGAGUGACAGAUAGUUUGGUAAAGGUAUAGCAUGUUCUAUAUGUUAUAGUUAUUUGAAGGACUCUUACCAUAAUAUGUUAGGUUAACAUAGCAGGCACCUUCUCAGUUGAUUAUUUAUGCCUCAUAUAAACUACACUUAUUCAGCCUGUUCACUAUUCUUUAUUUAUUUUAAAUUGCCUUUCAAAUGUCUAUACUUGCUGUUUUAUCAAGUAAAUUUCCCCAAAAAACGCGACUUAUAUAUAUUUUUUUCCUUUAUCAUGCAUUUUCGGCCGGAGCAACUUAUAAUCCUAAAAAUACGGUAUAUAUGUUUUGUUUUUUUCAGUCCAAUAUUAUCAGCCGAUAAAUGCUUUAAAAUGUAAUAUCGGAAAUGAUCAGUAUCGGUUUCAAAAUUAUCAACAUCGGUUUGAGAAAAAGUAAAAUUUAUGACGGAUGUAGGGAGAAGUACAGAGCGCCAAUUAACCCUAAAGGCACUGCCUCUGCAUGCCGGCCCUGUCACAAAAUAUCUAUAUAUUUGUACACACACAAGUGAAUACGAAGCAUACUUGUCCAUACAGGUCACACUGAAUGUGGCCGUAUAAACAACUUUAACACUGUUACAAAUAUGCGCCACACUGUGAUCUCACACCAAACAAGAAUGACAAACACAUUUCGGGAGAACAUCCGCACCGUAACCAACAUAAACACAACAUAACAAAUACCCAGAGCCCUUUGCAGCACUAACUCUUCCGGGACGCUACAAUAUACACCCCAAACAUUCCCGCCCACCUCAACCUCCUCAUGCUCUCUCAGAGAGAGCAUGUCCCAAAUUCUAAGCUGCUGUUUUGAGGCAUGUUAAAAAAAAAAAAAUGCACUAUGUGACUUCAAUAAUAAAUAUGGCAGUGUCAUGUUGGCAUUUUUUUCCGUAACUUGAGUUGAUUUAUUUUGGAAAACCUUGUUACAUUGUUUAACGCAUCCAGCGGGGCAUCACAACAAAAUAAAGCAUAAUAAUGUGUUCAUUCUACGACUGUAUAUAUCGGUAUCGGUUGAUAUUGGAAUCGGUAAUUAAAGGCCUACUGAAAUGAGAUUUUCUUAUUUAAACGGGGAUAGCAGGUCCAUUAUAUAUGUCAUACUUGAUCAUUUCGCGAUAUUGCCAUAUUUUUGCUGAAAGGAUUUAGUUGAGAACAUCCACGAUAAAGUUCGCAACUUUUGGUCGCUAAUAAAAAAGCACUAACUCUUCCGGGAUGUUACAAUAUACACCACCCGCUUCCUCCUAAAAACCCAGCACACCUCAACCACCUCAUGCUCUCCCUGAGAGAGCAUGUCCCAAAUUCCAAACUGCUGUUUUGAUGCAUGUUGAAAAAAAAUAAUGCCUUUUGUGACUUCAAUAAUAAAUACGGCAGUGCCAUGUUGGCAUUUUUUUUUCUUCCAUAUCUUGAGUUGAUUUAUUUUGGAAAACCUUGUUACAUUGUUUAAUGCAUCCAACAAAAUGAGGCACAAUAAUGUGUUAAUUCCACGACUGUAUGUAUCGGUAAUUAAGAGUUGGAGAAUAUCGGACUAUCGGAUAUCGGCAGAAAAGCCAUUAUCAGACAUCUCUAGUUUUUUUCCUUCUUUAUUAUGCAUUUUCAUCCGGUGCAACUUAUACUCAGGAAAAUGCGGUAUCUGAACAAUAUCCAGUGUUGUGGUAUUUCAACUAACUGGAAUCCUAUUGUAGUGACUCAAGCCUGAGACAUAAAGUAAUCGAACCUUUAAUAAACACGUAAACAAUGUGAUAAAGACCAUUUAACAUGAAUCAAUCCAGGGAUCUAGAUAUCGGGUCAGGACACAC